AUGGCGGAGGGACACUGGGUGGAACAUCUCUUCCCUCCCACUUUUGGAUACACAGCCGACCAGCUGCUUUCUACGGGAGGUGGACCGCCCUCCUCCGAGACGGACUCCAGCACCAAACUGGGGUCUCCUCCCCCUACAACGUUACGGCGUGUCUACGAGAAAUCUGCUGGAAGACAAAUUACGGGAAGAGUGUCUCGAUUAUCGUGGGGAGGGGGGCCGGACGAGUCCUGUAUCUGGACACAACAGGAGCUAGAAACCUUACGAGAAGUCUUCCGGGCUGCCAAGGAUCAGAACAGAAAGCUGACCACUAUCUUAGACUUGGCAAACAAACAGAUCAAGACACUGGAAGGCAAGUGCAAAGAACAAGAGGACCAGUUGGAAAAUAGGUACAAACAAUUGAAGGAAGCAAGGAAAGAAAUACAGAGGCUUAAAAUACACUCUGAUCAGCAAAGCAAUGAGGUGACAAAAAGCCACAGGAAAAUCUCAGGACUGAGUGAAGAUGUGCAAGAGUUGCAAGUUGCCAAAGACGACCUGCAAAGGCAACUACACGAAACAACAAUUGCUUUUGAGAAAGAGAGACUACUGAGGUGUGAACUGGAACAACGUCUUCAGAUGCAAGAACAACAACUUGAAGAUGCUAAGUUGAAGAGCGAGGAGUCUAUGAGACUUAAGUAUGAGAAGGAAGUUCGAGAGUUGCAGCGACGGGUGCUGACACUACAGGAUGAACUGGACAGGGAACAACAAACACACGGCAUCAACCAAAAAGCACUGGACAAUAUGAGGAAACACUUUGCCAGCCUUCCUGCUGACAUGGCAAAUGUUGAACAGCCAGAAACUGAGGAACAUUUCUUGUCAAAACUUACUUACUUCUGACCAGAUCACUUAUAAUGUCUUUAUUCUGAUUCAUUAUAAUAAGAAACUUAACGGUCAAACCUGCCCAAGAAG